GCGGCGAACGCACGAAAAGAAGGAAGGUGAUGGUGUGUUUGUUCUGGUCCGCGAGCGAGGGAGCGAGCGAGCGAGAGAGAGAGAGGGCAGUGAGAAGAAGAGAAGGAAAAGGGGGAAAAGUCCCGGCUGGCCUGGAGUUGAAUCCAACACACAGAGAGAGAUACGCAAAAUUAGUGCUCAAGCAAUAACACCCAUUCAUCUCUAGCGAUUUGCGGGCUUUCUCUUCCUCCUCCUCUUCCUCCUCCUUCAUAUAUUUUAUCUUUCUCUCAAUUCAACAAUUUCUACCACUAAUUAUUAGGGUUCCCAUUGGAUUCCCAGCCAUGUCGAAGAAGAAACUCACUGGUAAUACUAUGACCCUCAAGGACUUCCAUGGCGGCUCUAUCCCUACUGAUCUUCCUCUCCCCUCUGCUCCUGGCCUAACGGUUAGACCUUCGGAUCGGACUAGUUUCGAUCGUCCUACAUCGUGGGGGAACCCAAUGAACAGGUCGGACCAUCGGUCUAGGCCUCAUUCAUCACCGGCAACCAGGCAUUUUGAUGACAAAACGCCAUUUCUUGCUUCUGCUGCACACAUUGGUCGGAAUUUCGAUGAGGAUGAAAGGAAGCCUUUAGGUGGUGUAACUCCUCCGCGGCGAACUAUUAGCGACGAGAGCAUUAGGGUUCUGCCUAGUCGUAACUCUGAGUUGAAGCCUGAAUAUGAAUCAAGUGGGAGGAGGUUUGCUCCGAUGUCGCAGUUUCCAACUCCUGGUGCGGUGCAUUCGUACGCAGGGAGGGUUGGUGACGCCCUACAAUCAGGGGUUGCUUCUCAGAAUUCAGGUGGCGGUAGUGGGAUGGCUUUUUCUGGGGCUCAUCCAAAUGCUUGGCAAGCAAGGAAGGAGGUGGCUUCGGGGCUUAGUGAAAAUUCACAUUCUACUUGGGAUGGACCGAGUGCUGUCUCAAAGCUUGCUCAUGCUAGUGCUCUUGAAAAGGUGUCUUCAGGGAGGUGGCAGUCAAAACAGUCUCUUCAUUAUCAAACUGAUGUUGUUGUUGCCGCAUCUACCGAACUAGAUGUUAAAGCUCAGCCAAAGGGUUAUGGUAAUUCCUUUGACAGGGUGGAUGGAUUGUAUAGUAGGGAACAUCGUGAUGCUUCAUUAGCUAGGCAUGCAGAAAGAGAAAUUAGCGUAGAUGAUGGAACUGAGGGACAUAGACAAGAUUUAUCAGAGCAUGACAGGCUCGUAGUCCCUAAGUAUCAUCCUGUAAAAGAGAGAUCUUCUAAAGUGGAUGCUGCUGUAGUCCAACACUCUGAUCCUAAUCAAAUGUCUGGUGGACGUGGAUCUGAUUUGCAUCCUCCUGUGAGUUCAUUAGUAUCAGAACGCCCAAAGUUGAAAUUACUUCCAAGAACAAAGCCAUUGGCUGGUUCAGAACCAAAUACAGUUGAUCAUACCCAGAUAAUUCCCGAUGCUGUUUCUCCUGACAAUGUGAAUGAAAUGUAUGGAAAUUCAAAUUAUGUGAAACCUAGUUCAGCUGGUUCUGAGAGUGGGAAGGAUGGAAUUGAGCGUCCAAAAUUGAAUCUGAAGCCUCGGUCUCAACUCAUUGAACAAUCGGAAGGAAAUGCUGGGAGAGACAGGAUUGCUUUGUUUGGUGGUGCUCGCCCACGGGAGCAGGUUCUGAAGGAACGAGGGGUUGACAAUACCACAGUUAACAACAAUGAUCUUGUCCAACAUUCUGAAAGGACUGACGAAAAUUUUUCAAGGACGGAACGGGUUCAAGGACCUCCUGUUCCUGUGCAUCAGACUGGAAAGGUGGAUAAUCCACCUUUUGAUCGAAGGAUAGGCAAGGAAGGGGAGCGGAAGGAUAACAGGGCAGAUCCAGAGAUGCAAAGGAGGAAUUUCCGUGAUAAUCGAAGGAAGAACAGAGAAACUGAUAAACAGCAGCAGCAGGAGCGACCACCUUCACCAGAGACUUGGCGCAAGCCUGCUGAGCAGCCAAAACCUGCCUCCCCAAACACUGGCGGCAUGCGUUAUGGGAAAGUAGCUUCAGCACUUGAGCUGGCUCAAGCCUUCUCUAGAUCAGUCUCCGAUUCAAACGUGCCUGAUAGGGUUCCCAGUCAAAGGAACCUGCCAGGCCGGUCUCAGAUGCCUUUUUCACGGCUAAUGGGGCCAUCCCCUAGACCUCAAAUCAAUGGUUAUUAAAAAAUCAACCGUUCUGGGUCAUGGGAAAAGGAAAAAAGAAACAAAAAAAGAAAGAAAGAAACGGGUGGGGAGGGAACAAACGCAAUAAGCAAAAAGAAGUUGGAAACUUUUAGUUUGUUAUUUGGCUUUGCUAUAUGGUGAAAAUGAUUGUAUUGAGACAGUGAUACACGAACAGCUGCUUCAUUAAUUUUCAUGGCGAAGACUUUAUGGUUUUUUCUCA